AUGGACAGCAUUGAUGCUGCACGCCAAAGCUGGGAGUCAGAGCACCAGGAGUUGCUACGCUCCGAGCGAGUUCUCUCAGCCUUGCGCCAAGCGCAGCAAUCACUGCAGAAGCGCCAGGAUGAGCUCUCCGAGGAGUGCGACAGUCUCGGUGCAGAGGUGUGCAGCCCAGUGCCAUUGUGCUGUUGCUGCAGCAGAGCCAGUGAUUCAAGGGAAGCUGGUACCAGCACGACUUGUAUGGUUUUUUUGGUCGACGUCCUGAACGGCAUCUCUCAAGUUUGUUUCUUCACAAACAGCUGCGCUGGCGUCGUGUUUGUGGUGGCCAUCCUGAUUGGAACCCCACGAACUGCUGUCAUCCUGGGCCUUGUGGGUGUUUUUUCUGGUACCAGCUUCAGCUGGUGUUUUGGCCUUGAUGUGGAGGCUCGGAAGGAUGGCACCUUGGGUUACAAUGCCACAUUGGUGGGUUGUGCUUUUGCCUUCGCCAUCCCUGACUUUUGGUGGGCUGUUCUGGCUACAGUUGGGGCUGCAGGGAUGUCAGCCUUCGUGGCCGCGGGGCUACUGAAGGUCAUCAAACCUCAACUGACGUUGGCUUUUAACUUUGUAGCGCUGUCUACGCUGGCUUUCAUCGAUCUCAAGGGCAAUCAUGGUGGGACAAGAGUUUCGGGCUUCACCUGGAACAGUGUUUUGCCUCAGAUGAAUGGCGUGGAAUGCUUGGCAGCCAUUUUGAACGGUGUGUCGCAAAUCUACUUUGUUUCCAGCCCAAUCUCUGGAUUCAUUAUCCUUCUGGGAAUUGGCUUGGCGAGUCCUUUCAUGACAUUCAGCACUCUUUUGGGCUCCCUGGUCGCUACGCUCUUAGCGGCCGGAUGCGGAGCAGAUCUCCCACGCAUACAGAAGGGAAUUUGGGGGUACAAUGCUGCUUUGACAGCCCUAUGGAUCUCCUUUCACUUCAAACAAAUGGGAUACAUUCCUGUGCUUCUCCUAGUUUGUUGUGGAGCUGCAGCUGCUACAGCAGCAUUUGCUGGAAUGGAUGUGGUGGUUGAAAGGACACACGGAGUUGUUGCCAAUGACCCUCGGGUGGCAGCGUGCGUGGCAUUGGAACGUGACAUUGAGGCGCUCCAAUCGACACUGGAAAGCUUCGGCCCCAAGAAGUUUGCACUGGUGCGCGAGCAACAGGCUCAGCUUGAGGCCAUCGAAACCCAUGGAGCUCGGGAAGCCGCAGUCCGGCAGGAGCUUCAGGACCUGGAGAAGGCGGAGCAGCUUCUGCAGAGUCGCUUGGCAGCUAGCAGAUCCAGGGGUGCAGAGGUGGAGCAGCAGGCGCGGUCCCUGGUAGAUAUGGAGGUGCUUCUCCGUGCAGAAGAUGAAGCACAAGAGCUGAAGUUGCAAGUGGAAAAGGCUGAAUUGGAAACAUCAAAGAUGAGGCAAAACUUGGCAGAGUCCUGGGUGACAGACGCUGCAGAUGGCUUGAUCGGCGAUGAAAUGGAACAUUUGGAAGAGAUGGAGCGCAACCUGCGGUGGUUAAUGAAGACACAGCAGGCCGCUGACACCGAGAGGCAGUUGGUGGAGCGUUUGGAGCGCAAAGAGGGGACGCUACAGAAACGCCUCCGCGAAGUGAGCGAAGAGAAAGCCACGUUGGCCUCGGCCCGGGUGGAUCUGGGCGAUGCUGGGAAGGCCAUGAGAGAAACCAUGGCAUCUCAAAGCGAGGGCUACGUCCGGCAGCUCACUGGCUUGGAAGAAGCGCGGCGCAUCGCCUUCUCGGAACGAGUGAAGUUGAUGCAGGACUGUGCUGAUUUGCAAGACACACUGGACAAGUUGGCUGCCACUGAACGUGGCGGUCCUUUGAUCCAGGGGCGCCACACCAAAUUGCAGGCAACUUGCCGCAGUGUUGCAGAUGAAAGUGGGCGCCUACGAGACAUGAAUGCAGUCCUUGGCGAAUUACUGCUGAGUGAUGAGCUCGUUGAGAACGCGGAAGCCGAAGAUGAGAAAGACAUGGUCAUGCGUGUCCUAAUCUUGCAGAAGAAGUUGCUGGAACGCCAGGAGUCCUACCAUUCCGAGCAGCAAAAGCUCCUGGAGAGGAUCCGAAGUCUGGAACGUGCAGCCGCUUUGCCUGGGACUGCGGAGGCAAACACUGUCCCCGCAAGUUCUCAGGACGGCACACCUCAAGCUGGCCUAGCAGCAACCAUCAAAUCCUGCGUUACGCAGUGGCGGGACGCCUUGAAACCAACGUGA